AUGAAGUGCCAGAGAGUUCUAACCUACCUGAGGAUAUUUGGGACCACCAUGUUUGGAGUGUCGCUCCUGGUGGGCAUCUCCACUGCCUACAUCAUGGGCUACCAGUUCUUCACAACAUCCCACAAUCACCUGUCCUUUGGCCUAUAUGGUGCUAUCUUGGUUGUACACCUCAUCAUCCAAAGUCUAUUUGCCCUCUUAGAACACCGAAACAUGCGGCGCUCCUUAGAGACACCCAUUAAACUGAAUAAAUCCCUGGCAUUGUGCAUUGCAGCAUAUCAAGAGGAUUCAAACUACCUGAGAAAAUGUCUGGUGUCAGUCAAAAGGCUGACAUAUCCAGGGAUCAAAGUAAUCAUGGUGAUUGAUGGGAACUCAGACGAUGACACGUACAUGAUGGACAUUUUUAAAGAGGUCAUGGGUUGGGACAAAGCGGCUACGUACGUAUGGCGGAGCAAUUACCACAACAAAGGCCCCGGCGAGACGGACGAGAGCUACGUCGAAAGCCUUCAGCAAGUUUCCAAGCUUGUUUUGAACAACAAGUGUGUCUGCAUCAUGCAGAAGUGGGGAGGGAAGAGAGAAGUCAUGUAUACAGCCUUCAAAGCUCUAGGGAGGAGUGUGGACUAUGUACAGGUGUGUGACUCUGACACCAUGCUGGACCCAGCUUCUUCAGUGGAGAUGGUGAAGGUUUUAGAGGAGGAUCCUAUGGUGGGAGGCGUUGGAGGAGAUGUUCAGAUCUUGAAUAAAUAUGAGUCAUGGAUCUCAUUCCUGAGCAGUGUACGGUACUGGAUGGCCUUCAAUAUUGAGCGGGCUUGCCAGUCCUACUUUGGCUGCGUCCAGUGCAUCAGUGGGCCUUUAGGAAUGUACCGAAAUUCCCUCCUGCACGAGUUUCUCGAGGACUGGUACAAUCAGACCUUCAUGGGAUCUCAUUGCAGUUUUGGCGAUGACCGUCAUCUGACGAACAGAGUUCUCAGCCUUGGGUAUGCAACAAAAUAUACAGCGCGUUCAAAGUGCCUUACUGAGACUCCAAUUACGUAUCUGCGUUGGCUCAAUCAACAGACUCGAUGGAGUAAGUCUUAUUUUAGAGAAUGGCUUUACAACUCAAUGUGGUUUCACAAGCAUCAUCUAUGGAUGACUUAUGAGGCAGUGAUCACAGGCUUCUUCCCAUUUUUCCUCAUUGCUACUGCAAUUCAACUCUUCUUCCAGGGAAGACUCUGGAAUAUCUUGUUGUUUCUACUCAUUGUGCAAGCAGUGGCACUGAUUAAAGCAUCGUUCGCCAGCUGCCUCAGAGGCAACAUCGUCAUGGUGUUCAUGUCAUUCUAUUCAGUACUGUAUAUGUCCAGCCUGUUGCCAGCCAAAAUGUUUGCCAUAGCAACUAUCAACAAGUCCGGCUGGGGAACAUCGGGCAGGAAAACGAUAGUUGUAAACUUCAUUGGCCUGGUUCCAAUAACUGUUUGGUUCACCAUCCUCUUCAUUGGAUUUAUAUACACAAUAGUCCUACAUUAUAAAAGCAAUGUUCCAGAAAUAGAAAAGAUUGUUUUGGUUAUUGGGGCAGUUGUCUAUGCAAGUUACUGGGUCAUAUUUUUGACAUUGUAUGCUGUCCUCAUAAACAAAUGUGGGAAGAGGAAGAAGGACUCACAUUAUGAUAUGGUGCUAGACGUAUGACGCAUGAUCCAAGGAGGACAUGCACCAUUUACCACUGAACUGGAGAUUUUUUUCGUUUGUUUGUUUGUUUUUUGCUGUUUACAAAGUUUUUUCAUAUGCAAGACAACUCUAGUAGGAAGACUGGUUGAGUUCAAUCACAAUAGGAACAUAAAAGGCAGUGGCUGUAACUAUAGAAAUCAUG